AGCAGCCAUGUCACGCGUGGGCCAGCUGGUAGCGACCAACAAGAGCGCGCUGCAGAAGUACAUGUCGAUUGACGUGCCGGACGCUGACAAGACCAAGGCCAUGUACGUCUGGAUCGACGGCAGCGGCGAGAACCUGCGGGCCAAGACGCGCACGCUCGACUUCGUGCCGCGCAGCCCGGCCGAGCUGCCCGUCUGGAACUUCGACGGCUCCUCGACCGGCCAGGCCGAGGGCAGCAACUCGGACGUCUACCUCUACCCCAAGGUGAUCUACCCUGACCCGUUCCGGCGGAAGCACGACAAGCUGGUGCUGUGCGAGACUUUCAAGUACGACAAGACCCCGCACGAAACCAACCUGCGCCACACUUGCGCCAAGGUGAUGAAGCAGGUGGAGAGUCAGAAGCCCUGGUUUGGCAUGGAGCAGGAGUACACACUGCUCGACCUUGAUCUUCAUCCGUUCGGGUGGCCCAAGAACGGGUUCCCCGGUCCGCAGGGACCGUACUACUGCGGAGUCGGCGCCUCCAAGGUGUACGGCCGGGACGUGGUGGAGAGCCACUACCGCGCCUGCCUCUACUCCGGCGUCAUGAUCGCCGGCACCAACGCCGAGGUCAUGCCCUCCCAGUGGGAGUUCCAGGUGGGCCCCUGCGAGGGCAUCCAGAUGGGCGACGACCUCUGGGUGGGCCGCUUCCUGCUCCACCGCACCGCCGAGGACUUCGGCAUCGUGAUCAGCAUGGACCCCAAGCCGAUCCCAGGCGACUGGAACGGCGCCGGCUGCCACACCAACUACAGCACACGCGCCAUGAGGGAGGACAACGGCAUCGUGGAGAUCGAGGCAGCCAUCAAGAAGCUCGCAACGGUACACGAUGAACACAUCAAGUGCUACGACCCCAAAGGGGGCUCUGACAACGCCCGUCGUCUGACGGGGCAGCACGAGACCUCGGCCAUCACCGACUUCUCGGCAGGCGUGGCCAACCGCGGCGCUAGUAUCCGCAUCCCGCGCCAGGUGGCGGAGGAUGGCAAAGGUUACCUGGAAGACAGACGUCCCAGCUCCAACUGUGACCCGUACGCCGUCACCGAGAUCAUCUGCCGCACCACCUGCUUAUAGACGACCACUCACAGACCAGCGGUGUAAACACGCGGUGUAAACAGCGGUGUAAACAGCGGUGUGAACAGCGGUGUAAACAGUGGUGUAAACAGCGGUGUAAAUAGCGGUGUAAACAGCGGUGUAAACAGCAGUGUGAACAGCGGUGUAAACAGCGGUGUAAACAACGGUGUGAACAGCGGUGUAAACACGCCAGAUACGGGCGACCGGCACUUCACGAUCUGGGACAAGCUGGCGUUUUUCUCUCUCUCAAAUUUAAGGAGCACGUCCCCUUGUCCGCCCACUUGCCCCCUCCAUGGCUGAGACCCGUCUGCGUAAUAACGCUGCCUGUCUGGCGAGCGUGACCGCAGCUAAGCCCGUGGGAGCCGACCAAGCCUUAAAGUAGACCCCUGGAAACAACUAUCACUGCGCACUCGUGCACACUUGAACGUGCCUCAUCAUAUCUUACAUCUAGCCGUACGUCUGUGCUCAUUGUUGUCUUCAGGCAAUGGACAUCGACGGUGGAAAUCACGUGGCAACUACAAAGGCGUGUUCGUUGCCCACACUGCGUGCCUUGACUGCGACUUCUGCCACACGAUACGCAACACGAUCACUGCAGGUGUGUGGAAAGUUUGGUAACAUUCGAUGUUACGUAUUAAUUCGCGAAGAAGCGUCAAAGAGUAUGUAGCACUCUGCAGGUCCCAGAUCCUUGCAUGCAUUGUUGCUGCUCUUCCUGCACAUUAA